ACUCGGAGCCUGUACUCGGGCCCUGUAUCGCCGUAUUAAAUCACACUGUAAAUCCAAGCGCGAUGGCAUUAUUGCUCGGAAGACAAUCGAGUCAUUCAUGACGGCACUGAUCUCCUUCUAUGUUCCCCCGGACGCGCAAGGCUCCCGAGGCCGCGGCAUUCAUUUCAACGAGAAUCCUUCAGGACGGCCGAAUGAGGAAGUGCCCUUGAAGCAUCCAAGGCGCUAAUGAUCCUGCAGCUCCCAAAUAUAAUUUUCGUUCCCGAUGCGGAGGCUAGUGAAUAACGGAGUGAACAGGACCGCAGUGCGAGCGACUCCGGGAUUUGAUUGCAGCACAGUGCCGCAGACGGGCUGGCGGGCUGGCGGGCUGUGUCUCCUGUACCUCUUUCGCUCGCGGAUUCCAUCUCCCCGCAGCCCGCACCAGAAUUUCACUAUCAGGAGCAUGCAGUCACACCGCAACCUGCGAACCUCUGCAGAUUUUAUGAAAACGCUCCGUAAUAACCCCCGCUUUUCUUAGAGGGCGGUUUUCCCUCCCUUACCAGAUUCUCUAUUCUCCCUCGGCGACCUCUCGGUUACGACAACGACACUGUACUGCUGCAGUGCAGGCCUUCGUCCCGGAGAUGUCGCGUGUACCAGAGGGUGUGGAACUCUUUCUUCUGACGGAGGACAAGGAGGCGGGCAUCAAAGGAUUCCAGUGUGCCUGCCUGCUCUACUCUGCUUUGCUUUUCGUUUCUUUUCCUUCGUCUGCCCCUACCUCAGGCAAUCCAACCUUCCAGCGCUCCUCCUCCUUUGGCCUUUUCUCCAAAUACCCGCCUGCAACCAACCUUCCCUCAAUAUGGUCAACCACAUCCCACCAUCCACAGCCCCUCUUCCCUCGACUCGACUUGCGUCAUACGUUUGAAUGUACCUCACCGUUUCCAUCAUUCACCAUCCUCGAAACGCGUCCUCGAUCGGUAGUAGCCCUGCUAUGUCAUGAGAGAGAGAACGAGUGAGACAGACCGAGUGAGAACAUUGGAGUCCUUUCAGAGGCGGAAGCUGCAUAGGACGGCAGGAGUCGAGGGAUAGGGGCGGGGCGCGAGCAUAUUUUGCGGGCUCGGACGGGUGGCUGGCAGGGCAUGAGAUCAGACUGGAAGCGCAUACGCAUCGGAUAUCGUCAUCAUCUUCGUCGAAAGUGCAUGACUGCUGUUCAUGAGAGCUUGCAAGCAUUGAUGUGCAUCUGCCACGACUUAUGAUCAGCCUUUGUCCUAUUAUGCUGGGUACGAGUAGACAGCCAUGAUCAAUCCGCAGCAGUGAUGCCAUUGUGGCCCGAAAUGAUACUGUCCAGCGAUGGCAGAUUUGUUGCUUUGUUCUGGUCGUUUUGGUUCUAACGCUUGUCUAGCCGAGGUGCAUUCGUAACGCUAAGGGAUAUUGCCGAGAGGGAAAACAGACCUGGCCCUGGCCUUGGGUGGGUGGCGGCCGAGGCCUCGCACCAGUCAAUCUCUCUUUCAGGUGCCGGGUUCAACCCCACCCUCCCCCGCCCCCCCCCCAUUUACAGUACCAUCUGUGACCAGAGAUAGAGGAGACUUCCCCUUUCUUCCUAGUUCUCGGUAGAGGCUCUGUGUCUCGUCUGCUCGACCCUUCCUGGUCAGACUUCCGAUCCGUGAUCAGCAGUGUCACGGUCGCAGAGUGUGCAUACGCUCUGAGAGAGAGAGAGAGAGAGAGAGAGAGAGAGAGAGAGAGAGAGAGAGAGAGAGAGAGAGAGAGAGAGAGAGAGAGAGAGGUCAGCGUAUUUGCCAGUGGGCGUACCGACCUAACCUUACCAACAGUCAUGUUAGUCAUCCGAGCUAACCCUCUCGUGGGUCCGAGCAGAAUCUGUGGCGAUAUGCCCAGCUUUCGGCAGAUCCCACUUCUUCCGGGCUGGUGAACUGUAAAAGAAGAACAAAGUCCUGCGCUAUCCACAUGAAUUUUGGCCCCCUGUAGCGUUGUCAUAUAUUUCAUACUCGGUCCAAUGUCGAUGGGGAGCCGGGAGCUGGGGAGGACGUGCAGGCACUGGGGGACCAAUCAGACGUCCAUUGUCCUAUAUAACGAACGGGAACCCGCUCCCGAUGUCUAGAGCUGGGUGAUAGUAGGGGGGACUCGUGAAUCCCCUGAGUGACACUAGCCCAGUGGCAUGGCACGGCAAGCCAAGUCAAAACCGACUUCACGCCAAUGCUGACUAGCGCCCCGCUGAGCUGCUGGACCGCUGGCGGUGCUGGUGAUGGUGCUGGGCGGCAGCUGGUAACACAAACGGAAGGCCACACUUUGGAAAGGGGGAGCCGGCUGGAAAUCCAGACUUCAAAGCCGGUUCUGCUGCCAGUCAAGGCCGGUGUCAGCUGCGAAACAGUUGCCGCUGACCGCCUGUUAGAAUCAGAGUACCGAUCGAGCCGAUAUGGCCGAAAAUGGCAACCAUGUCGCCCCCACCACAUACACACACCAAGGCCCAAAGCAAGAUGAGCCAGCCAGCCGGUCAGUCAGACCGUCUCUUGAGAAUGUCAGUGAUGAAGUUCAGAGCGCGUCCAUCUAAAUUCGACGACUCUGAGCUUGUGAGCAACAGUGGUCCAGUUCGAUCUACGUGAAGGGAACGUACGUUUCCAUCUUCCUAUCCCCUCGCCCCCUCCCUCAGCAGGGACCCAUUCCAUUCUUUCCCUUGUCCUUUGCGGUACCCUCGAACAUUGCAGAUGAUCUGUCUGCGUAUCGAAUGUUUAUGCAUUUCUUUCCAGAACAUUUGGCAGCGUUAAUAAUUGUUUUUGUGACCGGGUACUGUUCGUGGGUCUUUGGACAGUAAAGUUUCGGGGGCCCUUAGGACAGGACGCACGACAUCUGUCAUGCAUGGGCCGAAACUUGAGCUUUAGGGAUGGUUAUGACCCGCACCAUGUGUGUUUACGUAUGAUGACUAGUCUGGGACAGAUUCUGCAAAGUUCGUGAGUGCUCCCAGAUCUUGGACCUGUUGGGACGCUCGGAGGUAUUUCUAUUCUCUCGGAAAGAGGUUUCUUCUUUCUUUCAUACUCCUGACGUGAACUUCAAGGCUUCAGAUAUGUAGGAGCUACAGUUCUCUGGGCGAAUGUACACAGCACAAGCUGACAAAGCUCAACACUCCAUAAGCUACCAUAACUUCUCCACUGACUUUUCGAAGCAUGCAAGUCAUCGGUGACCAUCCUUCCUUGAUUAGAGCACGAAUCGGACCCGCCGACUGUCGAAGGACGUGAGGGGAUGCUUUUCGUGCGAAACGAGAGAAAUCUACAAGUCGAGGGUGGUGGGUUCGCGCAGGGCUCAGCUUUGACAGCCUCCUGAUUUGAGCAGAAGUUGGAAGAGUCCUGAGAGAAGGAGCUGGUCAAGUGGCUGAAUUGUUUUUGUCCAUCUGGUGAAUGAAAGCUAAAAACAAGAAGUUACUUCCACCAAGGAGCAAAAAUCACACGGAUGCUACCUGUGAUCAGGAUAAUAUCGCAAGUGUUAACGACGGGCAGCAUCACAGGAGUCCAUGGAGACUUAGACAUGACUGGACAAUGGUCAGUCUAGUGAAGUGACGUUGUCUACAAUAGCACAGCAAAAUGGUUAGAACUAGACAUAGCUCAUUUUGUUCUUCCUUCUUCACCUACAAGUGAAGGGGUCAUGUUGACCGUGGUGAAGUUGGAAUUUAAGCUUGGUCAGCUAAUACACCCAUUUUUGUACGUUCACGAGACAAUCUGCUUUUACAGACUUGAUUGCACAAUUGUCGAGUUCGGUGCAACAGUGUCUCUGAUCUCUUUGGGCCUCAGCUACUUCACACACUCUCCGAUUCCCCCACUUAUGUGCCUGUGUCAAUUUAUGACGGUGUGCACUUAUGUUCUUCUCACGAGAGCCUCACUCCCACC